AUGGCGGACGAAGAGGAAGAAUCGCCGAAAGGACGCCUUCUUCAAAGGCAGAAAAAAGAGGCUAAAGAACUUCAAGGUAUUCUUUCCACUUAAGCUACUCUUUUAGGUUCUAAGUCUAGUUAAUAGUCGGAUUCUGAUGCACUGUUACGAUAAAAACUGGCAAAUAACUAAGCUCAUGAUCAUGCUGUUUUGUUUCUAGGCCAAAUACAGUCGAUGAAACAUUCUGUUCCCAAAGGCGACAAAAGAAAGAAGAAAGAAAUAACUCUUGAGAUUGCCAAGCUCGAAGAAGAAUUAAAUACCAGGCACAAGGAAGAGCUUGAAUUAUUGGAACGUGAAUCAAAUUUGGUAACUUGAAAGACAAAUCAGUCUUUUAAUAACCCUUUUAUUCCCGUGGACUUGAUCAUGGAAACUAACUCCAAAAGAAUAUGUAACCCUGUGCUCGUGUUUGUUUAUAAUUAAAUUUGAACAUCUAUCUGUAGGGAAAAAAAUAAUGCAGGUUGAUUUCUCUGGUGGCAAGCUUGGUAAAGAUCAUGAUAACAUACUGCUAAACCAUGCAAAUCUGGAGUGUUUGAAAGAAAACCCCCAAAAUCCUGGAGAUUGGGACCUCAAACCCUGAGAUUUAUUUUGCCAUGGUAUUCUUAACCCUACAAGUGGUCUCUGUUGUAUUUUCUUGUUGCUAUUUUGGCAGCAAUGAGAAGAUUCUGUUUUACUAUCCAGGUUGAUGGGAUGGCGAGUAGCCAAGUGAGUUUGCUAUAAGGCACUCCUACAGGCAUUAGUGAACCUAUGUUUUAUGCAUAUGAGGUUGGAAUUGGACUCAAGUCUCUCCCCUAAAAUAAUUUUUUGAACUUACAAUUUGUGCGGUUCCUAGUGGAAUGGUUUAACGAUUUUUAAGUGAGAUUUGGAGGUUAAAUUGUGAGACCAUAAGUUGACUGCCCAAACUGUAAGUCUCACAGUGAAACCAUGAGAGUUGGAAGGUUUGUGAGAUUUUUGUAGAAUUUAAACAUUGUUUUCUUUACUUUGGAAGGAUGAAGUUGUCUUUAGGUAUAAACAUCGGAUAAUAUGUAGUCAAUCAGAUACUAGUGUUUUUUAGAUGAGAAUUUCAAUAGCUUGGCUGUUCAGUUUGAAUUUGUGUACCAGGAGAUUUCACAACUAUCACAGCCAGCAACCCUAAAAUAAACUCACAAAACGACUCCUUUAAAUACACUCAAUAAACAUUUCACUGUAACAUUUUUUUGUCAUUAUAUCACAUUUGAAACUGAUUAUUAGUUUACUUCAGUGGAGCAAUCAUAACUGCCGCAAUAUUCAUUUUCUUCUAGAAUAGAUCAAUGCUCUGACUUUAGAGAACAGCCACACAAACAGAGAGUGGUCUGCCUUUGUCUAACUUUUAGUCUGUUGAUGAAAUCCUAUUACAAUAUCUGUGUCCAAGUUAUUGAUUAUUGGAUGUUUAUAAAUAAUAAAAUGAAAGUACAGAUAAAAAGGCUGCAUCAUUUUCUCUGCUUAAAUCUCUUCUUUAGCUAAUUAAAUCUGUGGUUUAAUUUAUAGAAUGAAGAUACUCUUGGGUUGGUUACCCAGGAAAUGGAGGCUGUGUCUGUUACAAAUGAACCUGAACCCCAGUCAAAAGUUUCAAAGGCUCAGAAAAGAAGGGUAGGUUAUAAUAUAAAGAUAUACACUGUUGUUGUUGUAAAAAAAAAAAAAAUGAUAAUGAUAAUAAUAUUAAAGUGGAAGCUGUCGUAAGUGGACACCCUAAGGACACAAAAAAGGUGUCUGUAACUGAAGCUGGCCACUUUUGGGAAUGUAAAAAUACAGAGUUUGUAUGGCAGUUGAGAAAAACGGUGAAGGUGGCCAUAAGUAGAGCUGUCCGCUUGCGAGAGUGUUCUUGGAAGUCUAACUUCAUAUUGAAAAUUUUUAGCAGUGCAUACUAUUUUAUUUUUCUAUUGUUGUUGUGCUAUAAGGACAAAAAGGCUGCUAAAGAAAAGGAAAGAGAACAAAGAAUUGCUGAGGCUGAACUAGAAAAUGUACAUAGUGCAAGAAAUAUAGAAGCCGAAAAACUAAAAGAAAUCUUGACUGCCAAAGGCUUAUCAAUCAAAGAGGUAAUCUUGAUUAUUUGAUCCCAUUUUUUCAGUUGUCAACGUUUUCAAUAAUAUUAUGACCAUGUUGUAUUACUCAUUCACAGAAUGAAUUUAUUUUCAGAUCACCCCAGAUGGAAACUGGUAUGUAACUCCAAUUGAUGUAAUUUUUUUGCCUUACAUAAGCCAUUAGGAUGGGCUUUGUGUUGUGGAUAUAAAGGCAGCAUGCAAAAAAGCUGUGUCGAAUAGUCCAAGAUAAGCAGGGGGUGCUUUUGUCUGCUGUGAAAAGUUUGGGAGCAGGUCAAAUUUUUCCCCCUGGAGCUUCAUCACCUGCAAAAAUUCCUCGGAGCUCUGCCAACAAGAAAGUACCGCACACAUGAAGAAAUACCCUGCGCACAAGCUACAGUGAUUUCUGUUCUUCACGUGCCUGACAGGCUAGUGAAAUAUUCUGGGAAAUUCAAAUUACAGCACAAAGUUAGAAGAAGAGAAGUGCUAAAUUCUCUCCAUAAAAGAAUUAAUUGUCUGGGUUUCUAUUUCUUACUUGAAGUACUUUUGAAGGUUAGACAGAGGUCAUCUUAUUUUGAAUGGGCGCGUGCAAGGUCACACAAUGUAGCACUUUUUGUAGAGGGUUUAAUUUGUAGGUGUGCAGUUGUGACUUAAGGUUUUGUAACCAUAUCCCUAUUAAACUGUAAUCUUAACACCAUUAGUCGUAUGCACAUCUGCAUCCGCAAUUAGUACUCAGCAAGGACUUAGCACAUAGACUUUAAAACUAUAUCACAGGUUAUAUACCAAGUUGGAAAUUAAGAUAUGAAGUAGGUAAGCCGGGCUUUUAGGUGAAGUACUUGUCCAUAAACCCCUUGAUAGUUGUUUCACAUGUUUGUAUCGCAUAAUCUGCCAAUACAGCUGCCUCUCCUCGCUUCCUGUCGCUGGGAACGUUUCGUUUCUCUCUCGGGAAGCGUCCCACCAACCAAACGUGAUGAGAGGCGGCUGUUUUCGCACGCUUUGCGUUUCUUAAAAUAGUGCAAAGGCGGAGUUUAUUGUCAAUCCACACUUAGGUACUGUUGAUUGGAUACGUGUGCAUACGACCGAUGGUACAAUGAUUCACAUUGAUGAAAUGACGAGAUUUUUUGCUUUCCAUAAAUUAGCUUAAACAAGCCUGAAAAACGGCAAGUUUGGUAUUUGAUAAAAAUUAUGUAAGCGGUAAGCUUGUUUUGACCAAUAACGUUUCCGAAAACUUCUAUUCGUUCAGUUCAGUAAAUCCAAACUGUUGUUGAACGUUUUUAGUAAAGACGGAUAUUUCUUUAAUAAACCGCUUUUUUGAGCCAAGCGUUUUUUAUUUUGUUUCUUGUGGCACGUUUGAUAAUCGGAAGAACGGCAGUUGGUGAGAAGGACUGAAUGAUUUUUAGCAUGAGAUAAAUGGUCGAAUAUCAUCAUGAACUUCCUUCUGUAGUAACAUUUUCAUCUCUAAUUCUUUGUUUUCUUGUUUUUCACCAGUUUAUAUAAUGCCAUCGCAGAUCAGCUGUCCAGACGAAAUCAACAGGUACAAUUCAUUUUAGUUCAGCAAGCCGCCGGGAAUUUUCCAACAUAAUUUGUUUAAAAUUUCUUCAUUCAUUUCGUUUUUAGACAGAAAUGCAAACAUUAAGGAAACUUGCAUCAGAUUAUAUGCUGAACCACGAAGAAGACUUCCUGCCCUUCUUAACGGAUACAAAGACCGGCGAGGUCUACACUCCAGGUACGCUGACAUUAAAUAGACCGUUCCACAGUUUUUUCAACUUUGGACAUGAACCAGGUAGGGAAAAUCGGUCGACACCACUGGAAAAAGCGCCUUUAAAUUGGUCAACUUGCUAAGUUUGAAAGUGAUACAUCUUAAGCGAGCGAGGAUACAGCUCUGCAACGUUACGAAAAUUUACAGACGUUUGUUUGGUGAGGAGUAAGUUUGCGUGGACACCAUGUCUUCGUUAGUUUUCAACAAAUCACUUUUAAACUUGGCAAUUUUAGCAAUUUUAGCGCGCUCUUUCUAGCGGAGUUGACCUUUUUUUCUUAACUUGUUCAUGUUGAAAGUUGAAAAAAAAAAAAAAAAACACCGUUGACGAGUCUAUUGGAAACUACAGUCCACUUACACCCUGUGGUCAUCCUGCUAAGACAAACGGCAACUGAAUCCUAGGCAAAAUAGACCGUUCCACGUCGUUUUCAGUUUUUGACUGGGACCAGACAGCGAAAAUCCGUCAUCAUUGCUGGAAACUGAGAACGCCUGAAAAUCAGUAAAGCUGGCAAGGGCAAGAGGAAAUUAUAAAAGUUGCCUUUUCGAUUCACUUCGCCUCACUCCCCAUCCCCCUUUUCCAAUAAUCCAGAAAGGCCUUAUAUGUAGGCUACAAAAAUACAGACGUUAACGUACGACACGUAGAAAUUCUUGAUUCUACGGAAUCCCGCUAUCAAUUUUUUUGGGUUUCGACACUCAGUACAACUGUAAUCAAAUGUAUUGUUCUAACUCUCGUGAUAAACAACACCGAACGCAAUCUUUGAGCAGCUUAGAAACAAUGAAACCCUCUUUCUACCAUCUUGUGCCUUAUGACCUUUAUCGUUUUGGUUAGAUUAACAUCUGUCUUUUCUAUUGCUUCGUGUUCUUUGUGUUGCUUUCAAGUCCAUGAGGCAGUCUCGCUAGGGUUUCAGCAACAACGAGGUUGUGUCUAGUUGCCUUAACUAGUCAGUAAAAGUCGACCGACCUCUUAACAUUUAGAUUUCCUCAAUUGAUACUAGUCUGUAAAGCAGGUACCUCAGGGCGACUCAAAGAACCACUGAAAUUGAGCCUUAUACGUUAUUACUCUCUCCCUUCUCGACGAAAACAAUACAUGGAAAAACACUAAACUUAUUAAAGAGGUCUUGAACUAGAAAUCAGAAUUCACCAAAAGGUCACUCUAAUCGUCUGUCCCGACCUUCAAAUUUCACUGAUGAGCUGUAGUUUUAAAGGUUCACUGUUUUUUCAAACUACCUGUUCUAUUCUGAUGGUUAGUGUCGUUUUAACGUUUUUGUUUAUAAUUUUCCGCGGUGCGUUCCCUUAUCUAAGGACCGGGAUUUUUCUUAUUUGGAUCAUUCCUUUGCAGAUCAAUUUGUCCACUACUGUGAAGAGCUUGCUAACACGCCUGUAUGGGGAGGGCAUUUAGAGGUAGGCUAUACCUAAGGCUAUUAUUUCUAACGAGUUCUUGCUCUUUUCAUAGACAGAUAGAUGUCAUUUUGAAAUACGAUUCUCAAACUCAUUAAUAAUUCAUAAAGAAAAUUCAAAGGAAAUUAAUAUUUAAUGAGUGUUUGGAUAUCAGAUGAAAAACUGCUCAUUUUUGCAUCCUUAAUUUCUCCUUCAAAAAUGAUUUUGUUUGAGAAGAAAUAUCAAACAUUGGACACAGUGUUUCAUCACCAGAUGAAACACUGCAUCUCAUGUUUGAUAUAUUACUUCAUUUACACGACUAUGCAACAGUAGUUUGUUCAUAACCAUUACAAACGUUUACAAUGAUCAAAUAUCGAAAGCCCUCAGACAAAAAGGAGAAAAAAAUUCCUGAAUCCAGUACAUUUCUGUCAAACAGAAACGUUGCUGGACUUACAAAGGGCGGGAGGGUGGGAAAAGCUGUUGCACAAAAACUGAAUCACGUGACAAGCAUGCAGACUGGUACUUUACCUCCUGCCCAGGAUCCAUUCAGAGUGAGAGCCAAGAAAACAAGAAAACAUCUGGGCAAGAAAACAUUUGUUUCGAUUUGUUAUUGUCUUUGAAAGUUUGAUUUAGUUUCGUUAUUGUGUUCUGCGCGCCUUACCUAUCCAGUCUUCUCUUCCUCCAACCAAAUAAACUAGCUAUUGAGUACAAUAACUAGGAGUUCCUAGACCUCAUUCAUUCUAUCUUUAACAGAUUCAAGCCUUAUCUCAAGUGCUAAAAAUGCCGGUAGAGGUUUACCAAGCGAACGCACCAAUACUUAGAACAGGGGAGGAGUACGACUCACAACCAAUCUUACUGUCGUAAGUUAUAAUAGAUUCUUAAUCUUCUUUCUAGUAGUGUUAUGCUCAACUUGUAGCCGAUCUCUGUUCAUGAAUCCUUGACUUUGUUCGCGGCUGCGAAGGAGACUUCCCCUUAGUUUUCACGCGCAUAGUUAGAUGAGCACUGACGAUGAAAACAAGGUACGUUUUUAUUUUGCAGGUAUCACCAUCAUGCGUAUGGUCUUGGUGAGCACUAUAACUCGGUCGUCCCUGCUGAAGACAACAAGGAGAGCUAAUACUCUUUUUGUUUUUAAAUUGUACCGAAGAAAAACAAUAAAAUACAC